AUGUGCCAGUAUUUACGACUGUACAUAUUUACACCAGUGUACAGCCGUGCAUACACUGAUAAUUUUUAGUCAUAUACAUGAACAACAGGUAUGCAUGUAUGAUCGCAUACGAGGUCAACAUCUUCACACACACAAUCACACGCGUCUAGAUUAUUUACAAUGAAGCUGUUUAAUGACGGAUCGCUCGACCUCGCUGGCGAGCAACUCACACUGCAUUGUGGUGCAUGCUCGUCGAUGUUUCUCAUCUGCACAUGCCAUGAUCACGGACAAGGUGUUAACUUCGUAUUCCGUGGACUACCCAAAUCCGUGCCAGGAUCCACGCCAAGACAGUUGCUGAACCGGUGGAUGUCACUCACACGCCAUCUGAAAAUCUUAGAGAGGUUUAACGCUCAACAGUACCUCAGCGACGCAGGAGACACGCUCACACAAACACUGCAUAGAAGUGGUCACAAACUCAUCAGCAUGGCCGAAGACCUCUGCAAACAGGACGAUAUGAACCUGGUCCUAAUCAAACUGGUGCAGAGCUACCAGUUGCCCAUGUCGCAAAAUGCCACAGAUGCCGUGCGUAAGGAGAUCAUGGCGGCUGCACGAGCCUUUGUGUCGGGUGACUGGGCCUGUGUGACGUGGCUUGGGUCAAUAUCCCUAAACAACGCCUUUCAGGUGUCUGACCCAGAGAAGUACUCGCUCGCAGACAAAGAUCUGGGUGUGAUUUUCGAUGGCAUCACAGUCCUAUUAUCCACUCACGAGGUGCAGUUCAGGUCGCCCUAUAAGUUCCUCUGCAUGGAGCCAGAAAGGUCCGAGAGUGACAUCACGAGACAGUUUUGGGCCACACACACAGUGCCUGAUGGCGAGGCGAAGCUCAAAGUAUAAUACGCAAUACGUUAUGUGAGUUGAACCAUAGCCUCUCCUACAUUGAACGCGGUUAAGUUUGGGUUGAAGAGGCUAUGGUUUGUUGCGUUAAGUUUUUGUCGCUGGAUUGGGCUUGAACGUAUCGUUCAGAGAGUAGCACUGAGUUCGCAGGAUGAGAUCAUUGACCAGUGCACCUCAUUCACCCAACGGGUAUUUUGGGUUUAGGGUUUGUAGCAGCGGUGCAGAUAACACCGAACUGGAAGUCGCAAUCCGUUUCAACGUAUUGUCUGUACGCACAACAACAGCAUUUGACCGGCCUCAUAGGCAGCCAAUGAGCGCACGAGUAAAACAUGACAUAGCACAGGCGAUCGGAGUGGCCCGAAUUAUGCAUUGCAAAGCAAUACACAUGUAUUCUUCGGCGCCAUUACUCGCCUAAGCUGAGCCAUGUGGCGAAAGUAGUCUUUCGAGAGAUGGAAGAUAGUAGCACGUUAAGUUUGCCGCGAUGUGCGUGUUAGCAUGCAGUAUUUGACUCGUAUGCAGAGUAGUGCUGCAUCGAUCGGUUGUCGCUUCAAUCGAGACAACAACAGGAGAAGAAUGGAGCCCACCCAGGGGAAUAGAAUAAUAAGAACCCCUAGUUGGUAUAUUUGCGGGAUGGUUCUCGGUUUGCUUUAAAGAUAUUUUUGAGCUGCUAUGUGACAGGUUUUAGAUAGGUGGCCUCGACUAAUCGAAGGCUAGUUGUUUGACAGAAACAGACAUACAUAUUAAACCCGCAUUUCACCCGUAUAUAAAUACCG